GGUCAAACCUUUGGCAAAUGCUGGAUAUGCAAGUGUAAGCACAGAUUUUGGCUUGUCAUCUGAACAGGAGGAGGCCAGGGAGAGAAGGAAAAUAUAGCUGACAAAAUUAGGCAUAGAUCUCCAGCACAGUUUCAAGGGGUAAAGCCUGCCUGCCUGGACUUUAAAGAAGCACCCACACGGCCACAGAGGCAUCCUCCAGGACUGGUAACAGCACCGUGCAGUUUCCCCACAUCACUGCAAAGAUGAAUUUCCUCCGGCGGCGUCUCUCAGACAGCAGCUUCGUGGCAAACCUGCCCAACGGGUACAUGAUGGACUUGCAGCGCCCCGACAGCUCCACGAGCUCCCCGGUGUCUCCUGCCACGGAGAGAAAGCACCUGCAGCCACCCCAGCCCUCGCACUCCUCCUCCACGGGCAGCAGCAUCUUCAGCUCCAUCUCCAGCGCCAUGAAGCAAACCACGCAGGCGGCUGCGGGCCUGAUGGAGCACUCGGCCGGGCCCGCGGCCCCCGCGGCACAGAAACCCAAGGUCCUCCUGGUGAUCGAUGACGCGCACACGGACUGGGCCAAAUAUUUCCAGGGGAAGAAGGUGAAUGGAGAAUUUGAUAUCCGAGUGGAACAGGCUGAGUUCUCCGAGUUGAACCUGGCUGCUUACGUCAUGGGUGGCUGCAUGGUGGACAUGCAGGUCAUGAGGAAUGGCACCAAGGUGGUCAGGUCCUUCAAGCCGGAUUUUGUCCUGAUCCGCCAGCACGCCUACAGCAUGGCCCUGGGGGAAGACUUCCGCAGCCUCAUCAUCGGCCUGCAGUACGGCGGCGUCCACACGCUCAACUCCCUCCACUCCAUCUACAACUUCUGCAGCAAGCCCUGGGUGUUCUCUCAGCUCAUUAAAAUCUUCAACUCGCUGGGCCCUGAGAAGUUCCCCCUGGUGGAGCAAACGUUCUUCCCAAGCCAUAAGCAGAUGCUCACAACUCCAAAUUUUCCUGUAGUGGUCAAGCUGGGACAUGCUCAUGCUGGAAUGGGGAAGGUCAAAGUUGAGAACCAGCACGACUUCCGGGACAUGGCCAGCAUAGUAGCCAUGGCAAAAACCUAUGCCACCACCGAGCCAUUCAUUGACUCCAAAUACGACAUCCGAAUCCAGAAAAUUGGCACCAACUACAAGGCUUACAUGAGGACUUCCAUCUCUGGAAACUGGAAGGCAAACACAGGUUCUGCGAUGCUAGAACAGAUUGCAAUGACAGAGAGGUACCGACUCUGGGCAGAUGCCUGCGCAGAAAUGUUUGGAGGUCUGGAUAUCUGUGCUGUCAAAGCUGUCCACAGCAAAGAUGGAAAAGACUAUAUCAUUGAGGUGAUGGACAGCUCAAUGCCCCUGAUUGGGGAGCACAUAGAAGAGGACAGACAACUUAUAGCUGAUCUGGUUGUUUCCAGAAUGACUCAGCUUGUCGCCACUGCUGGAUCUACACCAUCACCACUGAGGCCUUGGCCUCCACAAGCUCAGCCUGUGUCAAUGAAAUCUCAGACUGGACCUCCACUUGGACAACUGUCACAACCACGGCCUCCUCCACAAGGUGGACCACGCCAGCCACAAGGAUCUCAGCCUCCCCGAACAAACGCACCCCCACAGCAGCGGCUGUCUCCUCAAGGACAGCAGCCCCAGAGUCCUCAGUCCACUUCCCCUCAGCAGCAAAGGUCACCUGGAUCUCCACAGCAAAUCCGAUCAGCAACUGGCUCCUCUCCAGUGCAGGCCUCCAAGGCAGGCGCGUUCCCUCCACAGCAGCCUCGGCCUCCUGCCCAAGGCCGGGCUCCCAGCCAGCCGAGCCCUACGGAAAUGUCCAAGCAGCAAACCACCCCACACCCACACCUGAACAAAUCGCAGUCCCUGACAAACAACUUCAGCAUACCUGAGUCAUCUCAGCGAGGAAAUGCCACUGAAGAUGAAGCAAAAGCUGAGACCAUCCGCAACCUGAGGAAAUCAUUUGCUAGCCUGUUUUCUGAUUAACAGUCCUGCAGCUGGAUCUGUGCUUUUGUCAGCCCUCAUUCUACAUUAUGUCAUACCUGAUGUCAUCCUGGAAUACACUCAGUGAACCCAGCGAUUUACAACUAACACCUGGGUAAAGGGAAUUUAGAGAACUAUAAUUGUUUAAUACAAAGAAAAUAUUCAAAUAAUGAUCUGAAAAGUGA